AUGGGUUCGCGACAGGAGAGACUGGAGCAAAAAUCACCUGACGACCCAGAAAAGAAUGCUUGCACGCGUGCCCUUGCACUUAUUAUGCCCGAAAUUGGAAAUCGGCUGAGUGUUUUUCAUAUAUUAGUCGAUAAAGCGAAACGGAAAUUGCAACGGUAUCUACAAUUUAAAGUAGGAGAAGAUGAUCGUGCCUUGGUCAUGGCCAAGGAAAUGCUAACCGACAAUAACCCGGUUGGUAAGCAAAUCGGAACUAUAACCCACACGUACGAUACCCUAAGCAAUGUCAAACAAUACCCUGCCGGUUACAAUCACGACCUGUGUUUGAUUUCAGGUCCUUCCCUUCCUAAUGUCGUUAGCGCUGCUGGCUAUCCGUUAGUAACGGGGUGGGCGAGCUAUUCGGCGGCCUUAAAUGGGCAGGAUGUUUAUGUCGUUGCUCAAAACACGAGCACUGGAGGCUUGAGGAAGUCUCACGGUGUCAUCGACUCGAGUCUGUUCCACAGGGCAUCCGUGCUUGGGACAGGUUACUCCUGGGACAAAAUCCGAAAGGCAUGCAACGUGUUUUUGCUGUGGCAUACAGAUGGUCAGAUCGCCCCAGCGGAUGGAACUUUGGGGGCCCCCUCUGUUUAG